UGGCUUGGGUUCGUCGUCAAACGGUAUUUUUGUUGCGAUAAUUUCACAAGUACUAAGCUGGUUUACCGAGCAUCAUCAGUGUUUGUGAAUUACAUUGAAAUAAUCAGAAACUACUGGAAAGUAAUCCUGUUCGUCUUGGAAUACGUUUUCGCAUCUGCUCUUGCGCAGACUAGUUCAGUGUAAAGGUUAUCAGGGUUAGUUAAAACUUACUGCAAUGGCUGAUCAAUUAACUGAAGAGCAAAUUGCUGAAUUCAAAGAAGCCUUCUCCCUCUUCGACAAGGAUGGAGAUGGCACCAUAACCACAAAGGAAUUGGGAACUGUUAUGAGAUCACUAGGCCAAAACCCAACGGAGGCAGAAUUACAAGAUAUGAUCAAUGAAGUUGAUGCUGAUGGCAACGGUACAAUUGAUUUUCCUGAGUUCCUUACAAUGAUGGCCCGCAAAAUGAAAGACACCGAUAGCGAGGAAGAAAUCCGAGAGGCUUUCAGGGUAUUCGAUAAAGAUGGCAAUGGUUUUAUUUCUGCUGCUGAAUUGCGUCAUGUGAUGACCAAUUUGGGAGAGAAGCUAACAGAUGAGGAAGUAGAUGAAAUGAUCCGGGAAGCGGACAUUGAUGGAGAUGGUCAAGUAAAUUAUGAAGAAUUUGUUACCAUGAUGACAUCAAAAUGAACAGUUUAACAUCUGGGCACCUUUGCCAAUCAGAGACUCUUCUUAUCUGUAAGGCUAUGGGCCUAAUGCAGUGGCAGUGAUUAUACUUAAUAUUAAAGUAAAUUAAAUAUAAAUGAGAAAUUGUCCUUAUUAAAUUAUUCACUAUUUUUUAAAUGUUCUUUGGACAUUCUUUUAUAAAAAUUUUAACACCGUUUAGUUCUAGUAUUCUAAUGUCAGAGAAAGUAAACAAGCCGAGUGCUCUGGAUUUUUAUCUUUUUAGUGCAUCUUGAUGUAAGUUAGCUUCAUCUUUUAUCUGUAUAA